UCGGACACUUCGCUGUCAACAGAACUUGCUAAGCAUUCACUGAUCUUCCAACGAUAGAGUUCUCAACAUGCGCAGCUCAUGUGCACGAUGAGACGUAUGCCACUCACCUACCUAUAUAUUCCUUCGUAUCACGGAUGGUCCUGCUGACUUUCAAUCCCGACGUCCCUCUCGUACCAUGGAACCCGGCUCCCAGAAAUGAGUAGCAAUCAUAGGCGGUGGCCAAGCCGGUCUCGUAGCAUAUAGGCAUAUGAGCAAUUGCCAGAACCUGAAAGCAGUCAUCUUCGAAGCUUCGCCCUCUCUCGGUGGAAUAUGGUCCCCUGACCAUCCUCACCACCGUCCACUCAUGACGACCAACAUAUGUCGCCACACGUGUACCUUUUCUGAUGUCCCUUGGCCGGCGGAUGCAGGACGCGAGAGGAAGGACCUUUUUCGGUACUCCGGGGACAUGGGCCACUUCCUUGACGUGUAUGCGCAGACUUAUGUCGACAAAGCUGACGUUAGAUUGAAUACCAAAGUCGCCUCGGUGGACUAUCAGGAUGGCAAGUGGAUGGUGAAAAGCGUUUCCACGCAGCAGGAUGGCAAUUCCGUUGCACACGUCGAGGUUUUUCAUUACCUGAUCAUCGCUACAGGCUUCUUUUCGAGUCCAUACAUCCCCGAUUUGCCAGGAAUAGACAAUUUCCCCGUCCUCGAACACUCAGCUAUGUUCAAGGAUCCCGACGCGUACUUGGACAAGACCGUCGCCGUGGUGGGUGGGUCACUGUCUGCCGUUGAGAUCGCUGGUGCGCUUUCACCCUAUGCCCGCAAAGUCCAUCACAUCACUCCGAGGCCGUUCUACGUCUCGCCCCUCUAUACACCAACCAACUCCUCUGCAAUGCCAUCGUUCCUUCCUUGGGAUUUGUUGUCGUACAACAGAACAGAUCUCAACGGCCGUCGCACAGAAGCGAUCAACCCGACUCCCGCUGCCAAUCGCAGCACGCAUGCCUACUUUCAGUCAUUGUUUCCGAACAAUCUUCUCCCUUCAUUCGAAUUCGACACCAGCACGCCCGCGCAGGUCGGCAUGUCCGAGCUUUACAGGGGUGGGAUCCAGACGGGGAUCGUGCAGACGUACCUCGCGAGGCUGGCGGCGGUUGAUACGACGACCGGCGAGUUGGUUCUUUCCACGGGAGACCGUAUCGAUCGUCCAGACGUUGUCAUCAUGUGCACUGGCUACAACAUCGUGCUGCCAUACCUCUCUCAGAGCGCCCGUGAUGCGAUCAGUUUCCAGCCGAAUAAUCGUAGUGUUCCCUUCCUCUCUCAUCGCCUCGUGCUGCAUCCUGACCUGCCAAACGCCGGAUUCGUGGGCAUGUAUCGAGGAUCGUACUACGGGGUGAUCGAGCUCCAGGCGCGUUACUUGGCGGCAAUCUUUUCGGGAGCCCAAAGCUGGCCUUCGGAUGACGAGAUGAAGGAGGGUGUGGCCUUGGAGGAGAGUGUGCGAGAGGCUUCGAGCAAGUCGGGCAUUCAGUUCCCUCACGGCGACUACGCUGGCUUGUUCGAGAGCUACGCCGAUCUGCUUGGCAUCCCGAUGUCCGAUGCGACUUACGUGGUAGCUGCAAACUAUCCGCUCGAAGUCACGCACGACGUCGAGGAGAUCCGCCUCGAUACGGAAAGCGCCUUCACGCUUAUGACAUCCGGGACUUGGGUUCGAGGCGCUGCAUUCCGUUCGUGGGCGGGCCAGUGGCAGGUCGAUCGCACCGUCCACAGCGCAUCACAGCCUGCAAUGAAUGGCCAAUUUGUGGGCUUUGGCACGUUCCUUAUGCGCCCUAUGACUGGUCCACUGACCGGACCAGGGGCCAUGACCGAGGCUGUCAUCCGCGAAUAUCUCUAUCACGAACGAGGGGUGUUCAUAUCCGCGACGGGAGAGUCGGCUGAAGAGCAGCGCACGGCAGUCUAUCGCUACGAUCCUGCUAGCGAUACCAUCGCUGUGUGGAGCGUUGUUCGCGCCGAUUAUGAACAACCUCCGGAUGAAGAUCAAACGGAUAGCUGGCAGCACAACAUCGAGGCCGUCUCGCGCGACUCUCCCAACGAGUCCUCGUUCGCGGAGCAACAUGGUUCGGAUGGUUGGUGCGCAAUAGGAAGAGGAUCGGAGGUGGCGGUCCUCGCGAGCUACAAGUUCGUUUUCAAUGGCGCGGAGGUGACGCAGUUCGAAAUCAGAGACAGUUCCAGCGAGGGCGUCGUUAGCGAGACUACGUUUACGAGGCCCUGAACAAUUGGGCUCGUCCUGAUGAUUUGAGUCGUCUGGCUUUUGUACGACAGUGUAGAUAUCUAGUGAAGCAUUCGCCUGGUGGUAUCCAAGGCUCGGAAGGCAAGAUUUAUCGUGAGACUAGGAUCAGAUCAUAAAGCCCCCGACGCGAUUGUAAGGUUCACUCCGUAUACUAACCUUGGUCACAAUCAGUGAUGGAAUUGUAUCCUCCGUGCUCGUACUUGAACCUUGGACACGCUAUACUCUGAAUGUCAUCAUUCAAGCGUUCAUCCUAAAGAGCCUGAUGG